AGGAACCUGAAGGUAGGAACCGAAGAAGAAGCCAUGAAGGAACACUGCUCAGUGGCUUGCUGCCCAUGACUUUUUCAGCCCCAUUUCUUAUACAACCCAGGACCACUUGCCCGAGUGUGGCACUGCCCACAGUGGGCUGGGCCCUCCCACAUCAAUCAUCAACCAAGAAAAUGCCCUCCAGAUUUGCCUACAGGCCAAUCCUAUGGUGGUAUUUUCUUAAUUAAGAUUCCUUCUUCUCAGAUGACCUUAGCUUGUAUCGAGUUGACAUAAAAACUAGCCAGCACGGAAUCUGAGUUCCUCCACUAAUCAUCUCUGUAUGAAUGAGUUGAUGAAUGCUCAAUUAGUGACUUGAUAUCCCCCCAUAUUCCUUAUCAAUUUUUAUCUAUACCAGCACAUCUCAGGUUAUAAAGUCCUAAGGGUUGGGAAUGAGAUCUCUGAGAGAUGAACAGUCUGAAGAGGAUGUUCCCCAACCUCCCCAGUGGUGAAGACAUUCAAGUGUAAGUCCAGUAAGCACUUGGGAUUAUGGAAGGGGUUUCUACACUGUGUGUGACAUGGAACUAUAUGACCACAGUAAUUCCUUGAAUCCCAACGAAUCUCAAUCUAGACUUGCGGUUCCUGGCCAGCCAGGUCUGUGAUGGGAGGCAGGUGGGUGUAGGCCACCCGGAGAUGAGCACAUCAGUGUCCCUAACUUGAAUGAAGAACCUGCCAAACUAGGUCCAUCUUGCUGCGUCUGCUAGUGUGGCCUAUUUUCUAGGUACAAAUAGCAAGCAUUACCUGCUUUAAACAUCUGGCAUUACCUGCCUGCUUAGUCACCUUUUCUCUGGCUUCAAACAGCUGUGGGGCCCCACCUCCUCCCCACCUCCUCCCCACCUCCUCCCCACCUCCUCUCCACCUCCCAUCCAUCUGUGAUCCAUUCCCUCCCUCUUCCUUCCUGGAGGGAUCUAGACACACCAGAUCCACAAGUCCUGAUGUCUUUAAAAGGAUCUGCCUGGGGAAUAAGGUUCAUCUGAGUACUGUGACAGACACCUUGAUUGUAGUGGGAAGUCCCACGGCCAGUCUGUGGCAGCUGGCAUCAUGAAGGCCUGUGUCUCCCUGCUGGUGGCCAUGCUCUGUGGCCUGGCCUGGGCUGGAAGCCUGGAGUCGUGUGCAUCUCGCUGCAAUGAGAAAUUUAACCGGGAUGCUGUCUGCCAGUGUGAUCGCCGAUGUCCCCAGCAUGACGACUGCUGUGAUGACUAUGGGCGUCUGUGCAAUGCUGAAGAAGGCCCCCCAGAGCCCAAGGCAUUCCUGGAUCCAGAGGAUGAGAUCCCAGCCAGCUACCUGUACUCUGCACCAAACUCCUGCCAGGGCCGCUGCCGGGAAGCCUAUGACAGGCACCACCCUUGCCACUGCAAUGACCGAUGCCAAGAGUUCGGGAACUGCUGUGAAGAUUUUGACAGCCUGUGUGGUGACCACGAGGGCUUCUCCCAUAGCAGCGACGCCAUAACCAACGAGGAACUCCAGAGUAUCUCUGAGGUGAUCUACAGGGUAGAUACCAAUAAAGCCCAGAAGGAAGACAUUGUCCUCAACAGUCAAAACCGUGUCUCCCCGUCAGAGACAGGAAACCGAGUGGAUCGUUGCCCCGAGCCGCUCUUUACUUACGUCAACGAGCAGCUCUUCUCCAAGCCCACCUAUGCAGCUUUUAUCAACCUGCUCAACAAUUAUCAGCGGGCCACGGGCCAUGGGGAACACUUCAGUGCCCAGCAGCUGGAGGAGCAGGCUGUCUUCCUCAGGGAGGUCAUGAAGACAGCUGUCAUGAAGGAGCUCUAUGGCUUUCUCCAUCACCAAAACCGCUACAGCUCCGAACAAGAGUUCGUGGACGAUCUGAGGAACAUGUGGUUUGGGCUCUACUCAAGAGGCAGUGAAGAAGGAGAUUCGAGCGGCUUUGAACACGUCUUCUCGGGCGAAGUGAAAAAGGGCAAGGUCACUGGCUUCCACAACUGGAUCCGCUUCUACCUGCAGGAGAAGGAGGGUCUGCUUGACUAUUACAGUCACAACUACGAUGGGCCUUGGGAUUCCUACCCUGAUGUCCUAGCCAUGCAGUUCAACUGGGAUGGCUAUUACAAGGAAGUGGGCUCAGCUUUCAUUGGCAGCAGCCCUGAGUUCGAGUUCGCCCUCUACUCUCUGUGCUUCAUCACCAGGCCAGGCAAAAAGUGCCACUUAAGCCUGGGUGGCUAUCCUUUGGCCAUCCAGACCUACACCUGGGAUAAGACCACCUAUGGAAACGGCAAGAAGUACAUCGCCACAGCCUACAUAGUGUCUUCCACCCAAUAGAGCUCACGGCCAGAUGGGUUAUGAGGGCAGAGGGCCAAGCCGGAUCCAGGUGCUAUUUGCUCUGUACUGGGGAGGGGAGGGAGGAGUCUGGGAGGAACCCCAAAGCCCAGUUUUAUGAAAGAGAUCUCAAAUCUAGAAAUGCCCAUGUGGGAGAGAAAAAAAAAGAUACAAUUAGAAAAAUGUAGAGAAUCAGUCAAACCUUUGUCUUUCUGUAUCUUAGCAACAUGAACUAGGAAAUAGAGCCCCUCUCUGUCUGGAAAAGGUAGCAACCUUGGAGAAUUCUUUACAGUAUAGUGGGGCCGUGAGUAAGUCCUUGGCCUCACAUUUCCCUCUAAUGUGAAGGGGAGGGGUCUUCCCCCUUUCCUGCUCGGGGCUUGGGGAGAGGGUGAUGAGACAGUAUUAUGACUGUGACAGUGUCUUCAGCUGUUCAUAGGAAGAACAGGCGGUAGAAAUUUGGGAUUUCCAAACGGCUGUCACUGCUCACAGCCCUGUGCUGGGCCCCAAAGAAGCCAGCCUUAGACCCAAGCACGAGAAUCUUAGGGAACCAAAUCUGUGACAGUGCAGAGUUAGGGCUGGGGGGUAAGUGGGCUCGGGCAGGUGGCCUCCUCCAUCCUAGAUGUCUGUGUGGCCACCUCAGCAUCUGUUUCUAGAAGUUUCCCACUUGCAGAUGUUUAGUGCAGUUACAGACAGGUGUGUUUUGAUCCCACAUA